AGGCAAAAUCGUUAAACUGACCUUUUAGAGCUAACAAGGUCAUCUAAGGUCACAAUAUUGAAAACUGCUAAUAAAAUUGCAUAGAAAAAGUUUACAGGUGGUGUUUUGUCUCAAUCAGCCCUGUUGUUCCUCAGUUAUAGAAUGGCUGCAAGGAUGGCGGUCGAUUAGUGUUGUCCGUCCCAAGAUUCUUGUCCGUAUUUAUAGUCACCGUCAGUCACCGUUAUGGUCACCGUGGUCCGUCCGAGCAGCUUAUGGCCAGGAAUGGACGCAUAAGCAAGCAAGUACUUAUUUAUCCGUCUGUGCUGCCAGCGCUGCCAGGCAGCUAAUGUUUCUUUGGAAAGAAGGAAAUCUGUAAAUUGGCACCAGUGAUUCAUUUAUAUUAUCAAAAUGCCAAAUCGGAAGAAGUUUAAUGCCAGAUUUCCACCAGCCAGAAUCAAGAAGAUAAUGAGGACUGACAAGGAAGUGGGGAAAGUUGCUGCGCCAGUUCCAGCAGUGAUCUCGCGCGCCCUGGAGCUGUUUGCUGAGCAGCUGCUGCAGCGGGCCGGCGAGGUUACUCUGUCGCGCGGAUCCCGCACGCUCAGCCCCGCACACCUGAAGCACUGCAUUCAGACGGAGCAGCGGUUCGACUUUCUGCGCGAGCUGGUGGAGGAUAUUCCGGACGCCACUGAGUCAGAGGAGGCGGCCGGCUCGUCUUCGGCGGCCGCCAGGACGGCGGCUUCAACUUCGGCCGCCGCCGCAGCACGGUCGGUCGGCCGUCCACCCAAGUACCUGAAGAUGGACAUACCACCGCGUGGCUCGGUACCGUCCAGCACCAACGGCCCGCCACACAGCGCUCCCCCCGGCCGUCCGCCGGUGCCGGGACUGAUCCACACCUCGCUGCUGGGCCUGACCGGCGGCGCCGUCUCGGCCGCCGCCACCGUCCCCGGCGAACCGUACUCGCCGCUCGCUCUGGCCACCAGCGUGACUCCGCAGCCGCCGCCGGCGCACGGCGGCCCGGCGCAACCACCGGCACAGCCGCCGGCGGCCCACUGCGGGCCGGCGCGGCCGCCGCCGCUGGCCGUCCGCUACGGCAGCGUGACCGACACCGACGGGCCGGAGGGACUCUGAGGGAUGCACGGAGGGACUCUGAGGGACGCACUGAUAAACCGACAGGAUGUACUUUUGAUGGCUUGGCAGAGCGGCCCGAGGGACUCUGAGAGACCGACAGGAGGACGACCGAGAGACGCUGAGGGCUUGACGGAGCGGGCUCGGAGGGACGACAGAGCGACUCGACGGCCUUUGGUUGAUUGACAGAACGGCCCUGCGCCCUAUGAGAGACUCAGGAGCUCGACUGCCCCUGAGGGACUCGCAGAGCCUGAUCGCGUCUGCUGCCUUGUCGGCGUCCGUCGCACCCCCCCCCCCCCUGACCCGGCCGGCGCCCGCCCGAGCAGCGCGGACCAAAGUCACCCCCCCCCCCCCGCCUCUGGCGGUCCGGCCUGCAGCGGCUGCCGGCUCUGUGUUAGCCAUGGCGCCGCUGUUUCAAUUUGUACAAUAUUUUGAAGCGUUAUCAGUCAAGGGUAAUACAGUUUCUUUGUAUGCGAUAA